GGAAGACAGCCCGUUACAGAGCUAUCUUCAGUAUAUACAGUUCACAACUGUGUUCAUACGUAUAUUUGACACUCGAAAGUCAGGUCAGGUCGUGCAAGGUGUGUUUGUCCAACAGUACGCCCUUUGUUGGGUCUUUAUUAACGCCAGGCGGCGAGUUGCGCUGUAAACAGUAAACGCAGAGACCAGAGGCACAACAACAUGUGUGGCAGCCCUCCAGUGCAGAGGGCCGGGCACUGAGGGUGGAGGACUGAUGUUCAGAUGGACCGCUCUCUGUAAGGUUGUCCGCAGGACGGUGUGCAGCGCGGCCGACGACAUGGUGGGGAAGGGCAAGUUCUUCUACGCGGUGCACAAGGGCACCAAGCCCGGAGUGUACACCAGCUGGGAUGAGUGCAGGAGCCAGGUGGAGAAGUUCCCGUGUGCGAUUUAUAAGAAGUUUGCUUCAGAGAAAGACGCCUGGGCCUUCUUCAGAGGAGUGAAGCAAGCUGCGGUACCCACCCCUGUCAAAGCCUCCAGCAGUGGUGCCUCCCUCAGCCUGCUUCCCAAGAGGGGGCCGGAGCCUCUCAACUACAUCCCUAUUGGCCAGAAGAGGUGCUACUCAAACAAGGAGGCGGAGUCUCCCUCCAAAAGGCUCAAGGGAUCCGUCGAGAGCUCUCCCCCAGAGAGCAGCUGCUCCUCCUCCUGCUCCUCGGAGGAGGGGGACGGCUUCACCCGCAUGGGGGAUGCUGUCGUCGUCUACACCGAUGGAUGCUGUUCUAAUAACGGACGGAAGGGGGCGCGGGCAGGGAUCGGAGUUUACUGGGGACCCAACCAUCCACUGAACGCUGCAGAUCGUCUGGGGGGAAGACAGACCAAUCAGAGAGCCGAGAUCCAGGCGGCUUGCAGAGCCCUGGAACAGGCCAAGGAGCAGGACAUCAAGAAGCUGGUCAUCUACACCGACAGCAAGUUCACCAUCAACGGUGUGACCACCUGGGUGAAGACCUGGAAGACCAACGGCUGGAGGCUGAAGUCAGGAGGUCAGGUGACCAACAAGGACGACUUUGAGAAGCUGGACCGCCUAAACGCCCAGCUGGAGGUCGUCUGGAUCCACAUCCCGGGUCACGCGGGCUACGCGGGUAAUGAGGAAGCAGACCGUCUGUCUCGCGUGGGAGCGGCCAAGAUUCUCGAGUCGCCAUGACAACCAGUCACGCCCCGCUCAUUAACGUAGCGUACAGGUCAGGAGCGGCGCCGUGUCGGAGCGCUCCCUUUUAGUUUGACUUCCUUUGUGUUCCAUCUCCGGUUUUUGUGUGAAUAAAGUUCCGUCAAAGUUAAUUGGA